GCGCUGCCCAGUAGUAAACUCGGGUAGUGUCGUGUGUUGUGCAUUUAUGUAGGUCAUUGAAUUAUUUUUACAUGUUUAUACCGCUCGAUUUUUCACAGUUCCGAUACUGAGUUUUUGACGGCUUCAGUCAUGGCUUACACGCAGCUUUUGAGAGUCCUGCACCGAAAACUGCACACAGCCUCACUCCUCUCCGUGCACACUUGUAAACUCACGCAGAGCCCGAACAGGGCGGUGACAACACGGCUGGUCUUCAGGGAGACUCUUCCUUCACCUGCUCUGAGGCUGCGGGGCUUUUCUCUGGACUGCACAGCCAGAAAUCAGAAGAUCAGCCCCGAAGAGGGAGACAAGUCCGUGUCCAGGUAUCAGGCUGGGACCCCCAAGCUUUCAACGGCGCAAAAAGUGAAGGAAGCUGGCAGAGACUUCACCUAUUUAAUCGUUGUGCUGGUUGGGUUUGGAGUGACAGGGGCGCUUCUAUACGUGGUGUUCCAGGAGCUGUUUUCUUCCACAAGUCCAAAUAAAGUCUAUGGGAAAGCAUUUGAUAAAGUCAAGUCACAUCCGGAGGUGAUUGGUGCAUUUGGAGAGCCACUGAAGUGUUAUGGCGAGACGACACGUCGAGGACGGAGGCAGCAAGUCAGUCAUUUGGAAUACCUGAAGGAUGGACUGAAGCACAUGAGACUUAAGUUUUACAUCGAAGGCUCUGAACCAGGCCUCAAAGGAAUUGUGCAUUCAGAGUCAAAGGAGAACCCUGAAACUGGCAAAUAUGAAUUUCGUUACAUAGUUGUGGAGAUGGACACCUAUCCUCGACGGACCAUUGUUGUGGAAGACAACCGAUCAAAAAUAUCGACAGACAUUUCUGUCCUGUGACUCCUCUUUAUGGAAAUUUCAUUUGUUGUGUUGAACAAAACAGGAAUAUGUCAUUUCUCUCCCAGUUUAUUGUAAAAACAGUCAUUGCUGAACAUCAACUGUUAUGGCUGAGAUUUUAUUAGAAUAAGAAACUGGGGGGGGGGGGGUUCUUUAUUUUCUUCUUUUUCUGUAGCUGAUUGCUUGUUCUGUUUUGUUGAAUGAAUUGGCAACAUUUUUUUGGAUUUCAAAACUAUUUUCACACAUAAGUCUAUUUCGACUCUUGAAUCAAUGUCUUGCACUAUGUUGCAAAGUCCACUAGAUGGAAGCAGGUCACUGCGAGAGGGAUAAUAUGUUAUGCAUUUUAUUCUGGGUUU